CGGAAGGUUCCUCUGCCAGCGGGCGAGGGAUCCUGCCCCGCCAGGAGAGCGGUGCUCUCCCGCCACAGGGCGGGAUGCUACCCGCCAGGGGAAAGGGAUGCUGAUCGGCGAGCAGGGAGCGACGCUUCCCCACCGGCGGAAGGAGGCGGCGAGCAGAUGUGCUGCGGGGGAAGCGUGCCCCGGAGCCCCCUUUUAAUCACCCUACUCCUGAAAAGCAGGGCACGAAAUGCCGUUUAAAGCCCUGCCCGGAGCCCCCGAGCCCGUCCUGCAGAAGUUGGUCUGUUUGUGGUAACACCUUUUUGCAUCGUUCUAUCCAAAAGAUAAAAAGAUGAAAGCCUCGGUCAUGCUUUGCAGCAAAUUUCAUGUAACACGCAAGGGGAACUGAAGCAGAAACCAAAGCCAAGGCAAAGCAGCAUCUGACCUUGUCACUGGGGGGCAGAAAACAGCCGCUGCUUCCACUGGUGCUUCCGUCAAGCUCCCUGGGCAAUGUGGAAUUGCAGAGAGCUCACAAAGUGCAAGUUCCUUCCAGGUCCGUGGGGUGAAUAAAAAUUGUUAAUUCUUGGCUUGAUUUGUCAUCCUUUGGGGGAAAAAAAAAAGGUAUGUCAGACUGGCCAUUAUACAGUUAGACCAAGCACAACUGGAAGUGGGUUGCUCCAGAGAUGAGAGUGACUGAGGCCAGCAAAGCCAAGGAGAAGCCUGUUCAGCUGCACAUCUACCCGGGAUUCCUUGGAGAGGUGAUAAAGUGAGUAAUAAGGCAAAGUGGGAGUUAUAAAGUGGAUGCGACAGCUCCAGCAGAACUUCUUCUCACUGCCACACAGGCUCGUUACAAAGCAACUAACAUUAUUUGGAAAUCUGUUUGAGGAAGAAAAUGCACUGUGAGCAUCUCUGCAGUUCUUGUGUCUGAAGCACUGAUCAGGAAAAUCGGCAGCACAACGCCAACAAAGGAGAAGAGAAUAUGGUGAAGGCAGCCAAGGAAAUUGAAAUGGAGAACCCAAGAGAGGCAGAGACUCCCAGCACAGGGGCCACAUGUUCCCCACCAGAGGAACAAGCAAAAAAACCCUCCAUGCUGUGUUUUAAGAAGCGGAAGAAGUCCUGUAAGAAGGGGCUGACUGUGAAGGAUGCGUGCGAAGGAGCCUCAGAGGAGAAAAGCCAGUGUGUCAGCGCUGACCAAGAGGAGGCCAAAGCUUCCAAUGCAUCACGAUCCUCCAAAGGAACCUGGGCAGCCAUCAAAAACCUUGCCAGGCCUCAGAGAAGGCAGAAGUCCUCCUCACGGAAGAAGGUGCCCUCUGAUUCCCAAGUGCAGCUGGAGGUGGAUGCUGAGGAGAGCUGUGCACAAGACCUCCCAAAGAAACGGGCGAGCUCUGGGGUGAAGAUGCCCUGUGUGAGGUUCUCCAGAGGUAAGAAAAAACCCAGCCCCUCAGAAGCAGUGGAGGAGUCAGAGGGCAGUGUUCAAGCAAAUGAAGUGAUGGGUGUUGUGAAUAAGGCUAGUGAAGAGCCAGAGGAUUUGGCCCCAACAGCCAAAUCUGAAUCCCUCAGCCCAGUCUCUGCACAGCAGGAACAGGAUAAGGUGAAGCAGGAGCAGCAUAGAAUGAAGGAGGACCAGGAUACAAUGAAGAAGGACCAGGAUACAAUGAAGGAGGACCAGGCUACAGUGAAGGAGGACCAGGCUACAGUGAAAGAGGACAACCAUAUAGCAAAGGAAAGCAACACCUCUGCUGGGAAGAGUGAGCCCUUGACAGAGCCCACACGUGAUGCGGAAGAAAAUUCGGAGUGCACUGUUCAGUUGGAGAUAACCAGUUCAGAGACAUUUGAUGAAACACUCCAGGACAAACUGCAGGAAGGGAGUCUGCCCCCAACCACCGACGAUGUGGAGGGCAGGGAAGUUGCUCCCGAAGCACCUGCUUCUAAAGAUCAACCUGACAAUGCCCCUGAAAUCACAGAGUGCCAGGAAAUCCCCAGUAUCUGCAAAGAGAUGCCUGAAAGGGGUGAAUUGGAAAAGAGCAUAAAUCUUUCUAAGGAGAGCAAAGCUGAGGAGACUGUAACUGAUUUCAGUGAGUUGGCAUCCAGAGGGGAUGCAGCGUGUGUGCAGGAGGCAGCAAGUGUGCAGGAUGCAGUGAGCAUGAAGGAUGCAGUGAGUGUGCAGGAGGCAGCAAAUGUGCAGGAGGCAGCAAGUGUGCAGGGUGCCGCAAGUGUGCAGGAGGCAGAGAGUGUGCAGGAUGCCACGAGUGUGCAGGAUGCAGAGAGUGUGAAGGAUGCAGCAAAUGUACAGGAUGCAGCAAGCAUGAAGGAUACAGCAAGUGUGCAGGAGGCAGCAAGUGUGCAGUAUGCAGCAAGCAUGAAGGAUGCAGUGAGUGUACAGGAGGCAGCAAGCAUGCAGGAUGCCACAAGUGUGCAGGAUGCAGAGAGUGCACAGGAGGCAGCGAAUGUGCAGGAUACAGCAAGUGUGAAGGAUGCAACAAGCAUGAAGGAUGCAGUGAGUGUGCCAGAUGCCACAAGUGUGCAGGAUGCAAUGAGUGUGCAGGAGACAGUGAGUGCCCAGGAUGUAGCAAGCAUGAAGGAUACAGCAAGUGUGAAGGAUGCAGUGAGUGUGAAAGAUACAGCAAGCCUGCAGGAUGCCACAAGUGUGCAGGAGACAGUGAGUGCCCAGGAUGUAGCAAGUGUGGAGGAUGCAGCAGGUGUGCAAGAGGCAGUGAGUGUGGAGGAUGCAGCAGGUGUGCAGGAGGCAGUAAGUGUGGAGGAUGGAGCAGGUGUGCAAGAGGCAGUGAGUGUGGAGGAUGCAGCAGGUGUGCAAGAGGCAGUAAGUGUGGAGGAUGCAGCAGGUGUGCAAGAGGCAGUGAGUGUGGAGGAUGCAGCAGGUGUGGAAGAGGCAGUGAGUGUGGAGGAUGCAGCAGGUGUGCAGGAGGCAGUGAGUGUGGAGGAUGCAGCAGGUGUGCAAGAGGCAGUGAGUGUGGAGGAUGCAGCAGGUAUGCAAGAGGCAGUGAGUGUGGAGGAUGCAGCAGGUGUGCAAGAGGCAGCAAGUGUGCAGGAAUGCUCCAGCCAUCAGAUACUAGAAGCAAAUGCAGGUGCUGGUGUCAGCAUCAUCAUCACCAUCACUGAAGCUGAGGACUCUGACAACACCGACUCUGACCAGGCCUAUGAGCCGUCCCCAGUUUUGCACCAAAAAAAGCAAAAAGGGAAUAAAAAAUCGAACAGGAACACUGAUGUUGGUCAAAAAGAGGGCCCCGAGGCUGGUGGUGGUCCCCAGGCAGAGGAGAAAGGUCUGGGUGACCAGGGGCACAGAACUGGGGAGCAGUACGAGUUGCUCCUCAUAGAAACCGCCUCCUCCCUCGUGAAGGCGGCCAUUCAGUCAUCCAUAGAGCAGCUGGUCAGCGAAAUGGCCCUGGAACAGAAUAAGCACAACAGCUUUCUGUGAUGGCAGCCUUGGCCCAGAGAGAAAGGGCAGAGGGAGUGAUUUCAAGCUCCAUUUGGCCUGCGGGGUAUGUGGAGAACUGGGAGAGCUCCCGGGGCCGCGGUGUAGUUAAUUCUGCAUGCCCGUUCAGUUGUGUCCAUGUGAAACGGAUCCCGGGACGUGGGCAGACCCUGCUGAGGGCUGUGUGUCCCCUGGGGCUUCAGACAGCGCCACUGACCACAGCUGCGGAAAAAUUAAGGUGUUACAGUGACUGUAUUUUCACUUAUUGGGACAUUUAUGUCACAGCCACAUUUCUGCUGUCCCCCGAGCCCCGUUUCCCCACUGCUCACGCCGUGGAUCUGUGCACACCAUGUGUUGGAAGAAAGGCCCUGAGAGGCAGUGAGUGCCCGACCUGCUGCUGGCUGCAUUCGGGGCACACUGAAACAGCUGGGGGCUUGCUGGGCCUUUAUUGCAGAUGAGGAAGAGCCAAGUGUCUGCAAUAUUAACAAGAAAACAUCCAUGCCAGGCUGUGCUUUGUGCUGUGAACCGGCCCUCGCUGCGCUCAGGCGCCAGGAGCCGCGGUCACUGCUGCGGCACGAAGCCGGCACAGCGAGCUCUCUCCUUCCUUUGCUCGGCCUCUCUCCCUGUCUGGACCAGCCUGUGCAUCUCCAGACACGCUACAGCUCAGCAUCAGCCUCGCCUUGCUGACCCCGGGCUGCGCCAAGGCCAAGAAAGCGACAGCGCCUCGUCUGCUGGGGGGGCCCUUCUCGCACCAUUGAACUCGACGGGCAAAAUUCCCUGCGGGAUCACGGGCUUGGCCGGGCAGGAGCAGCCCUGCCGCCGGCAGCCCCUCUCCUCGCUUGCCUUCUUCCAUCCCCAUCCCGGUGUCGUGCCGAAGCUCUCCUCGGAUGUAGCAUAUUUUUUUAUCCAUGGCAUGUGAUAUAAAUAGCAGUGAGCUGCAUGCGUGUUAGCAGUCAGCAUAGUUUGGGAAGCUGCAAUGUGCUGCCGGCGCUGGGAUUGCUUUGAUUUGGUCUGAGUGCCGCUGGCAUCCCCGGCUGCUGGCGGAGCCUGUCCCGCACCGCUCCCCGCUCAAAGCCCUCCCGCCUUCAUCCCGCCCAGGCAUCCCUUGGGAAUCUGCGUUGUGCCCGGCUCGCUGCCACCAGGCUCUGGCACGCCAUGUAGCUCGCUCUGAAACAUGCAGGGAAAUGCUGGAGCAAUCUUACCAAAGUCCUCAGGGAAAAAAAAUCCUGACAUUAGGCCUGAGGACAUGGCUGGGAAAUGCCUGGACAAGCCUACUGCUGUCAGACCCCAGAACUGCCCUGCCCCGAGGGGUUUGCACCGGCGCAGCGUGUGUGUGCCAGCAUCACCUCCAGCUACCAGCACUCCAGGAGAAAGGGGCCUUUUAAUAAUAUGGGAUUGCAUCUGCGUGGCUGGGAUUUGUGUACAGCUGUGGCAAGGCAGUGUGUUCCUCUGAGAAAAUUCUCCUGAGUGUUCCUCAGCCGGCACAGAAAUAGCAGCCGUGCUUGGUGAUUGCUCACUGACCGUGUGCUGAGAUUUCCCUUCCCAGCACAGACUUUGGAUUCCUGCUGAAAUACAAGGGCUGUACCUGUCCCUCCUACCUGGUGCACAAACAUGUUUUAAACCUUGAUAAAACAUCUCCUCGAUGUCACAAGAGGACUGCGAGCAGCAAGAGCCACAGCUCAUCUCUGUGCAAGUAAAACUGAAAAAAACCCAGAGGGUGGUAAAGAAAAAAAAGUGUCUUUUUCUUCCUGUGAAUUUGUUUAUUAACUUAUCAGCUAUUGAUAAUUCAGUGUGUACAAUUUUAAUGGCUUUGUACUUCAUACUGGUCCUUCCAGGUAUUUUGCCAUAGUUUUGAAAAAGGGACUUUUAAAGGACUUUUAGAUGUACCUUUGGAGCUGCCACAGCACCUCAGGAAGAGUCAUCCUGGUGCUGGGAGAGUCUUACGGGAUUACACUGGGCACUGUGGCAGGCUGGUGCUGAGCAAAGGGCUGCAGCAUUGCUGUGGGAUCCCACUGGAGUCAGCUGCAGAGGAGGAUGUCCAAGCUUUAGUAAAUAAACACAAAAUUACCCCACAGGGACAGGCUGUCAUCCUCUGUCAGCCUGCUAAGCUGUUUUGGGAGGAUUUGAUGUUGUUUCAGUAUUGCCUUUUAGGUGAAACAUCUUCAAAAAAGGAGGAGAAUGGCAGAAAUGCCCAGUCCAGCCCUGCCCUGUGACUUGCUCCAUGUCAGGAGUUGGGUUUGCAUCCUCUCUUGUAUCUGGUUUUCCCUCUGUUAUAGCUGUACAUAGAACUGAUGAUUAUUUCAUUAAAGCUGAAUGUACCUGUU